CCCUGGAGUUUACAGCUGCAAAGAAAACACACACACACUCAUGCACAAAACCAACUGUGGAAUGUUUUCCUGCUUCUGAGCAGGGUUGAUGGCUCCAGAGAGUUCUCUGAGCACCUGACAUCUCCUUGCAUUUCCACACCACAGGGUUGGAAAAAUCGAUGGAAGUAAAGGUUGUUCUUUGGCCGACAACAAAUCAAUCAAUCAAGAAACAAGCAGGCCAUCAGGCCAGAGAGAGUCUGCCCGCCUAGCUCACCACUCCCGUCAUUCCUGGGCCAUUGAGGGGGCACCUGCCAGAUGGCUCCCCUGAGACCUCCUAGGACAAGGGAAGGUCAUUUCCCAAGGGCCAGAGGAGGGAUGCUGGAGAAGCUCCACCACGCGUGCAACGGGCCCGGGCUAUCGGUGCUCUGCUUCAUGCGCCACGACGUCCUGGAGUACUUCAGCGUCUAUGGGACGGCACUGAGCAUGUGGGUCUCGCUGAUGGCACUGGCUGACUUCGACGAACCCAAGAGGUCGACUUUUGUGAUGUUUGGCGUCCUGACCAUCGCCGUGCGGAUCUACCAUGACCGCUGGGGCUACGGGGUGUACUCGGGCCCCAUUGGCACGGCUGUCCUCAUCAUCGCCACAAAGUGGCUGCAGCAGAUGAAGGAGAAGAAGAGUCUGUACCCGGACAAGAGUGUCUACACCCAGCAGAUAGGCCCUGGCCUCUGUUUUGGGGCACUGGCCCUUAUGCUGCGCUUCUUUUUUGAGGACUGGGAUUACACCUAUGUCCACAGCUUCUACCACUGUGCCCUGGCCAUGUCCUUCGUCCUCCUGCUCCCCAAGGUCAACAAGAAGGCUGGAAGCGCGGGGCCCCCUGCCAAGCUAGACUGCUCUACCCUUUGCUGUGCUUGCAUCUGACCUUGCAAGGCCCCCUGGCCCUUGCCCGCCGUGAGCCCCCCACCCGCCCCCAUCUCAGGCCCCCAGAGAGAGGCCUCCUGCCCUUCCUGACCCCGGAGUACCCAGGGGCUUCGUCUCCCCUCUGAGCCUGACGGGUCCCUGGGGAUUUGGGGAGCACCCUGCCCACUCCCUAGGGUUCCCCCGAGUGCCAAACACCAUGCUGGAAAAAGGCGCACUCCCUCCCCCGGCCCCCUCCACCAGUCCUGCCCAAUGGGUGUCUGCAGAAGCCCAGAACCAGCACGUGUCCCCAUAUCGGCCCUUCCCUCCGCACCCAAAAGUGUGGGCCAAGCCCCAGCCAGAGGGGUUCUGCCCACGCCCUCCUCACAACAUCUGUUUUCUCUUGGAAAUUGGCAUCGCUGCUUCUGUCCCAUGCCUCAGGCUCUGUGCAAACCCAUCAGGAAGCCGCGGUCUGCGGGGCAGCUCUGUCCCUGGCCCAGGCCUGCGUGGCCACCUCUCCAGCCGGGUCCUCAAUACCUGACCCCACUGUGUGCCCUGUCUUCUCAUCCCCUGCUCUAAUUCUUAAAACAA